UAUAAAUUUUGUGCAGUGGCAGCACUUCCAGAAUUUCUUCUUUGACAGUCUUUUUUGUCUCUCGGUGGUCGUAAUUUAUAAAUUAGACCACAAUGGGAAGGAGACCAGCAAGAUGUUACCGUUAUUGUAAGAACAAACCUUAUCCAAAGUCAAGGUUUUGUAGAGGUGUACCAGAUCCAAAGAUACGUAUCUUCGAUCUGGGCAAGAAGAGGGCAAGUGUGGAAGAUUUUCCUUUGUGCGUCCACCUAGUAUCAGAUGAAUAUGAACAGUUAAGUUCCGAAGCUUUGGAAGCAGGGCGUAUCUGUUGCAAUAAAUACUUGGUAAAGAAUUGUGGUAAAGAUCAAUUCCACAUCCGCAUGAGACUUCAUCCUUUCCACGUAAUCCGCAUCAAUAAAAUGUUGUCCUGUGCGGGAGCCGACAGGCUCCAGACAGGAAUGAGGGGUGCUUUCGGUAAACCACAAGGUACUGUAGCACGUGUACGUAUCGGACAACCUAUUAUGAGUGUCCGCUCGAGUGACCGUUUCAAGGCAGCCGUCAUUGAGGCCCUCCGUCGUGCCAAGUUCAAGUUUCCAGGGCGCCAAAAGAUAUACGUGUCCAAAAAGUGGGGAUUCACAAAAUACGAACGUGAUCAAUAUGAGACCUUGAAGUCCCAAGGCAGGUUGGCCCAUGACGGUUGUAAUGUUCAAUACAGACCCGAACAUGGACCAUUAAAUGCAUGGAAAAAAACCCAAGAAGAUUUGUAUGCGUAAAACAUACAUUUUUAAGUUUUGGAAUAAAUUUUGAAAAGUU